GUACCUCCUAAUCACAACGCCAGAGUUCACCCAGACCUGCUCUUUAUAGUAUUUUCAUUAUUACUACUACCGCUGCAGUGUUAUCAUCACACACACACACAAACUACAAGCGUAUCUACACAAACGGUUUGGCCGACCGUUUCAGUAUUAUCCGCGAGUCAGUGCCUUGUGUUUUUUUUUCUUCGAUGCUUCCGUGUAAAACAUACUAUACAAUUAAUGUAAUAUUAAGUUAACAAAAUUUUCUUAGAAAAAAUUUUUUAAAAAUACUCGGUACUAUACGAUGAACUAUACUGCGUUGCUGCUGUUGUGUUGCGCUUUGUUGGCCGCACGUUUAGCCGGUGGGUCGCCAGUUCCGGACAGCGGAGAGGCGGAAGUCGAAUCCGCGUCCGGAAGUCCGGUAACCGCUAAACCGACACUCGAUGUGGCCGCUACGAACGAGCCCCCCGCGCCUGUAGAAGCUGUAACCACUUCGACGGCCAUUUCGAUCAUCGAAUUAAUUGAAACGUCGAUAAAAACCACCACGCCGCCGGCCGCGGUCGUCGUCGUCGAGGAAGACGAGACGACCUCGACGACGUCGGCUGCGGUGUCCGUCGUCGACGAAGAAGACAGGACACCGCCGGCGCCGACAACGGUGGCCGCCGAGCGAGACAUUCCAACGUCGGCGGCACCAACAGUGGCCGUCAACGUGACCGCGGUUGACGAGUCGGGAGAGGUGACCGAAGGACCUGUGCCGCCGCCCGCGCAGUCGGAAAUCACGUUGAACGCGACCGCGGACGGCAACACCAACAUCACGCUGUCGUCCGAUGCUGUCACGAACAGGCUGAGCGAACAGAUCAGGAAAAUCCUGAAACAUUACCAAAAACCCGACCCUAUAGGUUUUCCCGGAGCGCCUGUCCCGGACCCGUUGGCCAUACCUCCGAUGAAGAAGAACUUCGGGCUUGCCGACAUGACGUUCAGUAACAUGACAGUGCACGGUUUGUCCAAAUUCACGGUGGAACGGGUCAACACGGACCUAGAUCAUCUGCAGGUGUACGUGUUACUGAAGAUGCGCAGACUGUACGUGUUGGGUAACUACACGAUGAAAACGUUCUUCAGCCGACCGGCGGCGGGCCCGUUCAACGUGACGUUGAUCGACGUGGACGCCGACUUGGCGGCCGAGUUGGAACCGGACGCCGACGGCAACCUGCAGACCAACGAAACGCAAAUGGACAUGCAGUUCGCCGAUUGCGAACUGGACUUUAAAAACUUGGGCUUCAUGGCGUCCAUGUUUCAAGGCGUGAUCAGCUCGGUGGCCUCGGUGCUUUUCGACGGCAUCAAACCGUUCAUCAUUAACGAGAUGAACACCAACAUGAAGGCCGACAUCAACGCCCAGAUCAAGGCCAUCACCAGCAAGCUGCCCAGAAUGAAGAUGCCCGUCACCGACCUGGCCGUGGUCGAAGGCCGGAAGUACGUGAGACGCAUGGGCUACGACCCGUACCGGUUGGCAGACCGCAAAAUCAAAGAGGGCCCGUUCUCGUUCACCCUCAGCGAGCUCAACGUGUACGGGCUGUCCGACUUCCGGAGGCUGGGCGAAAUCGGCGUGGGCGUCCGGGGCCGAGUGCUGCAGCUGACGCUGCACGUCAUCACGGGUGCCGUCCACGGAUCCAUGCGGUGGGCGUACGAGCUGGACCUGUCCAAGAAAUUCGGUCGGUCCGGUGCGACCAACUUCACCGUGGACCAUAUACAGGUCAGGGCCAUGGUCAACCAGUCGCUGGACAUCCGGCAAAAGCCGGUUUUGCACAAGCUGGACAUCGAGGUGGGCAAAGUGGCCGUGCAGAUGGACAGGCAAGCGCCGCUGGACUACAUCGUCGAGAUAGCGGUCAACUCGUUGCCGGCACUUUUGCGGCACGUCAUCGUCGACGCCCUCGAAGAGCCCAUCAAGCAGAGAGUGCAGACCAUAUUGGACGAAGUGGAAUUGGAAAGGAUGGUCGAGGAACGGCUGCCCGAACUGGACAACAUGACGGGCACAGAACUACAGCGGUGAUCAGUCAUUUUGCGCGUUUUCGCCUUUGGGACAAUUUAUAUCAACUAAUUAAUCAAGUUGUGUUUCUUCGUCAAUACUUUGUUUUAUUAUUAUUAUUAUUAAUUAUUUUUAUAGUUUAAUUUUUUGUAAUAAAAAAUAUUGUGUAAAGCGAAUUGGCCCGCCAUUUGUCUAAUAUACAAAAGCUGUACAGGUACGUUAAGCUGAAAAUAUAAUAUUAUUAUUGUCAUGUUAA